CUUGUUCAAGGGGUUGGGGAACGCUGCGAUUUUUCUGUGUUCGGCAACUCCCAAAAGCUCUCUCUCUAUCUCUCGCCUCUACUUUAGCUUAGAGCUUCUUCGUUCCGUCACCAGAAAUUUCAACUACUCGUUCUUUGAGCUGAUUCCCAGUGAUUUUCACGAUGGCGAGUCUUCAAUUACUCAGAUCUGAUGGAGACAGCGGGAAGCUUGAGGCGACGGUAGAUCGGCUUCUGAAUGAAGAGAAGCAGAUGAGACUCGCCGAAAACGUCGCCGGUACAAGGAAAGCAGCUACUGAGAUUCUUCAGCUUUGUUUCGAAGCUAAGGAUUGGAAACUUCUGAAUGAGCAGAUUCUCAAUCUGUCUAAGAAACGUGGUCAGCUCAAACAGGCUGUUCAAUCCAUGGUGCAGCAAGCGAUGCAGUAUAUUGAUCAGACACCAGACAUUGAAACUCGGGUUGAGCUUAUUAAGACGUUGAACAAUGUAUCUGCUGGAAAGAUAUAUGUUGAAAUUGAGAGGGCACGUCUGACCAAGAAGCUUGCUAAGAUUAAAGAAGACCAGGGUCAGAUAGCUGAGGCUGCAGAUCUCAUGCAAGAAGUUGCUGUUGAGACAUUUGGCGCUAUGGCAAAGACUGAGAAAAUUGCUUUUAUCCUUGAACAAGUUCGCUUGUGCUUGGAUCGUCAAGAUUUUGUUCGUGCACAAAUCUUAUCUAGGAAGAUCAAUCCUAGAGUUUUUGACGCAGAUACAAAAAAGGAUAAGAAGAAACCUAAGGAAGGUGAGAACAUGGUAGAGGAGGCUCCUGCUGAUAUACCCACUUUGUUGGAGCUUAAGCGAAUUUACUAUGAGCUAAUGAUUCGGUACUAUUCUCAUAACAAUGAGUACCUUGAAAUCUGCCGUAGCUACAAGGCGAUAUAUGAUAUCCCUUCUGUAAAAGAAACUCCAGAGCAGUGGAUUCCGGUCCUGAGGAAGAUCUGCUGGUUCUUGGUCUUGGCACCUCAUGACCCAAUGCAAUCAAGCUUGCUCAAUGCAACUCUGGAAGACAAGAAUUUAUCAGAAAUCCCUGAUUUCAAGUAUANUCUGAAUGAGCAGAUUCUCAAUCUGUCUAAGAAACGUGGUCAGCUCAAACAGGCUGUUCAAUCCAUGGUGCAGCAAGCGAUGCAGUAUAUUGAUCAGACACCAGACAUUGAAACUCGGGUUGAGCUUAUUAAGACGUUGAACAAUGUAUCUGCUGGAAAGAUAUAUGUUGAAAUUGAGAGGGCACGUCUGACCAAGAAGCUUGCUAAGAUUAAAGAAGACCAGGGUCAGAUAGCUGAGGCUGCAGAUCUCAUGCAAGAAGUUGCUGUUGAGACAUUUGGCGCUAUGGCAAAGACUGAGAAAAUUGCUUUUAUCCUUGAACAAGUUCGCUUGUGCUUGGAUCGUCAAGAUUUUGUUCGUGCCCAAAUCUUAUCUAGGAAGAUCAAUCCUAGAGUUUUUGACGCAGAUACAAAAAAGGAUAAGAAGAAACCUAAGGAAGGUGAGAACAUGGUAGAGGAGGCUCCUGCUGAUAUACCCACUUUGUUGGAGCUUAAGCGAAUUUACUAUGAGCUAAUGAUUCGGUACUAUUCUCAUAACAAUGAGUACCUUGAAAUCUGCCGUAGCUACAAGGCGAUAUAUGAUAUCCCUUCUGUAAAAGAAACUCCAGAGCAGUGGAUUCCGGUCCUGAGGAAGAUCUGCUGGUUCUUGGUCUUGGCACCUCAUGACCCAAUGCAAUCAAGCUUGCUCAAUGCAACUCUGGAAGACAAGAAUUUAUCAGAAAUCCCUGAUUUCAAGAUGCUUCUAAAACAGGUAGUGACAAUGGAGGUUAUUCAAUGGACAUCUCUGUGGAACAAAUACAAGGAUGAGUUCGAGAAAGAGAAAAGCACGGUUGGAGGUUCUUUGGGUGACAAAGCAGGUGAAGAUCUGAAGCUGAGAAUAAUCGAACAUAAUAUUCUCGUUGUCUCAAAGUAUUACUCAAGGAUAACCUUAAAGAGAAUUGCAGCGCUUUUAUGCCUGAGCAUUGAGGAGGCGGAGAAGCAUCUGUCGGAGAUGGUAGUGUCGAAAGCACUGAUUGCGAAAAUAGACAGACCAUCAGGGAUUGUGUGCUUCCAGAUCGCAAAAGACAGCAACGAGAUUCUAAACUCGUGGGCAGGGAAUUUGGAGAAGCUAUUAGAUCUGGUUGAAAAGAGUUGCCACCAAAUUCACAAGGAAACCAUGGUUCACAAAGCCGCUCUCAGACCUUGAAAACAUGUGGGUUCAUCAUGAAACAUUUCAGGAUCUUCUUCGUGAGUUAUUUAUUAGCAGUCUUUUUAUGUGGUAAAAAACUCUGAAACAGUGUUUCCUUUUUAAAAAAUGUACUAUGGUUCUGUACACUAACGGAGUUCUUUUUUUUGCCACUUAUUUGGUUAUUUUCAAGUAUUUGUUGCUGGAUUAA